UCUGAGCUGCUGUUGUGAAUCCACCGAUCUCCAGUCAAUGAAAUAAGCAGCCUGUAUUCUCCUGGAGCACACACCUGCACUGCCACAGGAUGGUUUGUUUCUUUAGAAGUUGUUUAUGGCCUGGCUGGAAGCCAAGUGAAAGUUCUCCAAGCUGAAGGAAGGACACGGAGCAGUUAAAGUUCUGCUAAAGUAUUUAGAAACUGCUGAGAAAAGACUAGGCUUUGAGAUGGCCUUUGUGCCAACGAAGAGGAAAAAGAACACCAAAUCCAUGAUGCAAGGAGGCAACCAACAGCAGGCCAGAUCCUUAUCAGCUGACAGAGCUAGUUCUAGCACCUUUGAAGUGGAGCCUGAUGAAGCCAGGUCUAAAGAGAAUACAACAUGUGGUGAGGCAUGCCCUGAAGAAAAACAGUCAGAAGAAAAGAUACCGGAAACACCACAGGGUCCAGGACCAUAUUUUUAUAUUGGUGGAUCUAAUGGAGCUGGGCUUGUGAGUAUCUACUGCCAGAGAAGAGGCUGGCAGCGUAUCUAUGACAACAGAAGAGAGGAUUAUGCACUGAAAUGGUGUGAGACCAAGUGCCGAGAGACCUAUUACCACUUCAAAGAAGGUGAACAACUUCUCUACCAGAUUCCCAACAACAGAAUCCUCACCACUAAGAUAGGUCUUUUAAGCUGUCUGAGAGAACAAGAGCGGGUGAUGAACAAGAUCAGCUGGAGCUCUAAUUCCAAAUUACUGAAGAUGGAAGAAUUCUUCCCAGAAUCUUUUCGUCUGGAUAUAAAAGAUGAAAGAAAUGCCUUUUUUGAGCUUUGCAAAGAAGAACAGAUUUGGAUCUGCAAACCAACUUGCUCUAACCAAGGUCGAGGAAUUUUCCUGCUUAAAAAUCAAGCUGCUGUCAACACCUUUCAAGCCAAGCUCCACAGCGCUGAGGAAGACCAACUCAGUAAGAAGAUGUCAUGCAAAGCUCCCCAGGCAAGAAUAGUGCAAAGGUAUAUUCACCAUCCUCUGCUCCUAGAAGGCAAGAAGUUUGAUGUCCGGUCCUACCUCCUUAUUGCCUGCACAGCACCAUAUGUGUUAUUUUUUGCCCAAGGUUAUGUCCGGUUGACCUGUACCAAUUAUGAUGCUGCUUCAGAUGAUCUGACUGCUCAUCUGACAAAUCAGUACAUGCAGAAGAAGAACCCCCUGUACAGCCAGCUGAAAGAGGAGACAGUUUGGCGGAUGGAGCACUUCAACAGCUAUGUUAAUGAGAAGUUUAGAAAAGUCAAUGGCCUCCCCAAGGACUGGGUUCUCACUGUGUUUACUAAAAGGAUGCAGCAGAUCAUGAUGCAGUGCUUCCUGGCAGCCAAACUCAAACUAGAGCGCAAACUGGGCUACUUCGAUCUCAUCGGCUGUGACUUUUUAAUUGAUGAAAACUUUAAGGUAUGGCUUCUGGAGAUGAAUGCAAAUCCAGCGUUGCAUACCAACUGCAAAGUCUUGAGACACGUCAUUCCUACUAUGGUCUAUGAGAGUCUUGAUUUGGUUCUUGAGAUUUUCAACAAGUGCCUCAAGGGCCAGAGUGUUUUACCUUUAGAGACACUCUGCCAUUUUGUGCUUCUCUAUAAGGAAGAUGCUGCAGCCCCUGGCCAGAAAUCCUCGAAGCUCAGAACUCGCCCAUGCAUGGGCAGAUACUUGAGGCCAAACACAGACAGCCCCAGCCACUUUGGUCGGAGCCCUGCCAAAGCAUUGGAGAACUCUUCCGAGAAGCUCAGUUGCUCUGGAAAAAAGGUUGGCUUUUUGCCUAACAAGCUUUGUCAGCGAACUGUCCUACCUAUCCCACAUGUACAACUCUUCAAUCAUGAGGGAAAACUCUCUGAACCAUUACAGAAGGGAGGGCUUUCACAAGUCCGGAAGACAUAAAAAGAAAAUAAAAGCUAAGGUUGUAUGUGC